AUGGCUAAGGGUGCGCGCUCAAGUUCUAUCAAGGCAAAUAAUUCCGCCUUAAAAGCGAAAGUCUUUGGUCCGGUCGAGAAUGCACGAGCAGAGAGGUUGAAUGCGAAACUUAUGGAGUUGAUUUCGCAACCAAAGCCAUCAGCGAAGACAGAAGAUGCGGACAUGGAAGCAAAAGAAGGAAAGGGCGAAGAGGCAUCUGCAAAAGAUGCCUCGAAAGCCACCACCGCAGCUCAAGAAAAGCCAUCCGAAGAAAUGGAGGUAGAUGCUAUCAGCAAGGCUGGCUCCAAGUCAAAGAACCGUAUUUCGAAGAGAAGAGUUAGCAGUCGCAAAUCCCAAAUGACUUUCACUACAUACAAGAACGGAAAGAAAGUAGGAGGGGGUAGAAAGCAGAAGAUCUACUGAGGAGCAUUGAGAUGUUGGAAGUCGAAAAUCAAUUAUAAUUUAUAGGCGCAUUGGACUGUCUGGUUUUGGGGGGCAUGGAGUUCAUGAUGAGGGUUUUGUUACACCUUCUGGCAGA